AUGGGAUGGGAGAGUAUCGGGAUGGGGUCGUCUGGAACAAGGCCCUCACAAGCCAGGGGGGUUGCAGCAGGCGAGCAGCAGGCGAGGGGAGCACCAGGGCGGGCAGCAGGAGCGCAGGCAGCGGGGCAGCUGCGCCGGCCUCAUCAACGGUUGAGGUUGCAGUAUCGCUCCUGCCACCACACUCCACUCGAGCCCACUCCCCCUCAGGUUCAGGUCCGUCCCUUCAAGCCACGCUCGCCCUGCCCACUCUCCAUUGAAGCACCCCCUCCGCCUGCACCACACAAUCAGCUAAGUACUGUGGCGGGGAGGGGUGUGGGGUCAACACCGAAACUCCCUCACGCCCCUCCCCUGUGGCCGUGCAGGGAGGAGGCACCUGGAGGAGGGCUGCUGCGGAGGGAGGCAGCUGGUGUUGCUGCAGCUGCCUUGAGCUCGCCCUCACGCUAUCAGCUAAGGGCGCACACGGGAAGGCUGGGAGGAGGGCUGCCGUGGAGGGAGGCAGCUGGUGGUGCUGCAGCUGCCUUGAGCUCGCCCUCACGCCACCAGCUAAGUGCAAGUCCCCCCGUCAGGUGGAGGGGAGGGGCGUUGGGGUCAACACCGACGCUUCCCCACGCCCCUCCCCUGUGGCCGUGCAGGGACUCGUGGGGACGGGAGGGAGGCAGCACUGCAGCAUGGCAAUCCCACUGCAGCAAGGGAGAGUAUUGGGAUGGGCUUGGCCUCUCAAGGUCGCUGGCAAUGCAGCAGAGGCAUCUGACGGGACCAGUUGUGGCAGCAUCAGCAGCAGGGAGCACUGGUGCAGCAGGGGAGGGGAGGGAGGGGGAAGGCGGCAUCUCCAGGGAGGCGGCUCUUCAGCUGCCAGCUAAGUGCUUUCGCCUCCCUGGACUCACUCUUGCCUGCUGCUCACUGCUCAUGCUGAAUUACUCAUGUCGUUUUCGCAUGGGCUUCUGUGUGCAGGUAACCCUCUCAGGUGCAGGUAACCCACGGGGAUGGGAUGGGAGGGCGGCAGCACUGCAGCAGCUUGCAGUUGGUGCCACAAGGGAGAGUAUUGGGGUGGGCUGGCCUCUCAAGCAGCACCCUGCCUGGACCACUGAGGAGUCUCUCCCUCCCCUAAUCCCCCCUUCUCUCUCCACUUCCCAGCAGCCUCAGCAUCAUGGCGCUCUGCACGGCUGUGGUAGGUACAGUCGGUGGAAGGGAAGGGUGCUGAAGCUAGUGUGGCGUGCUAUAGUGCGGUGUGCUAAAGUGUGUGUGCUGUUUUCUGUGGUGUGCUAUAUUGUGGUGUGCUAUAGUGUGGUGUGCUAUAUUGUGGUGUGCUGUUCUUUAGUGUGUCAUGGCUUUGAGUGCUGGGUGUGGCAUGACAUGGUGUGGCAUGCCAUGGUGUGGCAUGCCAUGGUGUGGCAUGACAUGGUGUGGCAUGCCAUGGUGUGGCAUGCAAUGGUGUGGCAUGAUAUUGUGCGUGGCAUGCCAUGGUGUGGCAUGACAUUGUGCGUGUCACUUGCAGGCGGGUCAGCAGUGGGAGACCGAUGGGAGUUCGCGAACGAGGGUUUCCUGCGAGGCCAGCGACACCUCCUUCGCACAAUCCAGCGUCGCAAGCCCGCGUCGCAGACGGGAGCCGCAGCGACGAACUCCUCCCUCCCCCACGGCCACCCACACUCCCCCGCGUCGCUCCACGGCGCGCUCCCCGUCCCCGCGUCGCCCAGUCUAGUCGAGGUCGGCAAGUUCGGCCUAGAAGGCGAGGUGGAGAGAUUAAAGCGCGACAAGAAUGUCCUCAUGCUUGAACUCGUGCGACUGCGGCAGCAGCAGCAGCAGCAGGCGAGCACGAUGCAGGUGAUGGAGCAGCGCGUGGCGAUGAACGAGCAGCGGCAGCAGCACAUGAUGACUUUCCUCGCCAAGGCCGUUCAGAACCCCGCGUUCCUCGCGCAGCUCAUGCAGCACCAGACGGACCACGCCAAGCGCACGCACGCGCACGCCGCCAUGGGGCGCAAGAAGCGGCGGAUCUCCAAGCAGGACGGCGGAAACUCCCCGCCGUCGGGGUCCUCCUCCCCCAGUCUGCACCCCGAGGGGCAGAUUAUCGCCUUCUCCCCUGCCGCAGCCGAUCCUUCCAUGUUCCUUCUAGAGCAGUUCUUCCCGGGAAUGACCCACCCCAGCAGCAGGGUAGCGACAGGAGAGGCGUCCGGGGCGGGGGAAGGCAGCAGUGCAGCAGGCGGUGCAGUGUCGAGUGGGAAAGCGCGAGGAGACGUGGUGGGGGCAGGGGCAGGGGAGAUGGCGGGAGAAGCAGGUGUGGUUGGGGGAGGAGGUGUUGGGGAGGGAGUGGGCGGGGAGGGAAUAGGGGAAGGCAUAGGGGAGGGGGAUGGGUUGGAUCUGGAAGUCAUUCUGGUGUGUUACCAGAGGCACAGAGCUGUGCAUGCUUGGCAUGGCAACCUCUUGGUUGGCAUAGACAACAUCUG